UCUAGCACAGAAUUCGUCGUCCACAAACGAUUGCAUUAUUCCGUUCGUUCGAAUUUCGCCCAUUAUAAACCGACACACUCAAAGCAAAUAAAAAACGACAACUACAGAGUCGGAGACCCACUUUUAUUAGUAAUCCAAAACAAGUACUUAUUACCUUAUUAGGUAGUUAAUAAACAUUUUCAGUUCCACCAAACGACCCAUUUAAGCAACCCAUAACUCAGCGCAUUUCCUUCCGACCCAAUCAUCCAAUAAUCAUUACCUCAUUACCUGCCCCCCAAUUACCCAAAAUUACAUAAUUACCACCAUAACACUUUUAACGAAUCACUGACCAAUCUCCGCAAUCGGCAACCUUCGCUCGUCGCUCGGCCACCUCCGCCACCGAUAUUAAAAUGGAGUCUAGUUUACAAGCACAACGAUUUGUAGUCGUUGUGUCGGUGCGUUGUUCACUGAUGUCUCGUAUCCUUCCAUUUUUCUGCGGAAGGUAGAAGAAACGCGUCUCAGAGAAGCCAUCAAACCGAAGUUGAGGCCAAGCCGGUCACGUUGAAGAAACGACUCAUCUAAUUUCUUUGAAAUACUGAGAGUAGCGUUCCGAUUAUACUAGACUGACUCAUCACGUGGAAGUCGAAUGUCACAAGUCCAUGCUGAAGCCCACUUGCAUCUAGUGUGGCUUAACCAAUAACAACGCUAGGUUCGCUUUAUUACGGCGAUUCUAGUAUUUAGAUUAGGCGAAGAUGUCAUCGACUGGCGUGGUACUGGAGCCCCCCUCCAAACCCCACAACUAUAAACCUCACAUAAAAAACACAAACAACAACACUAGCUCGAAAAGAAAAUUCAAACAUGAUCGAUCCGGUCGCAAACGCUCGAAGAGUUUCUCAGGCUGUGGAUUAAUGAUGGACAUGAAACCGGUACCUCCGACGAAAUUUUUACUAGGAGGGAAUAUAAACGACCCUCUUAAUUUGAACAGUCUUCAAGAUGAAGAGAUCAAUAGAGCCAUGAAUGCUAUCACCCCCAAGUCAUCGCCGAUACCGACUCCUCCGCGGAGGAAGGGUCAGAUCGAGGUUAUCAUCCCCCCGAACAUCAACGAUCCCCUCAACCUGAUAGGCUGCGCCGACGACGCCGAGUACGAGCAGCAGCUCUACUCCCCGGUCAAGAAGGGGCGGAAAAAACGCCUGAAGAAGCGGAGGACGAUCUCGGCCAACUUGGAGACGUCGGAGGUCGAUAUUAGCGGGAACUCGGAGGCGAGAACUCCGGAAACGUUGACGGACUCGGCGAAAAUACCGGAAGUGAGUGAAUGCUCGAAAGUUAGCAAGGAUCUGAGUCUCGAAUUAGCUUCACCAAAGAAAGAGAAGACCAAGCGAAAGAUGGAGGACCACGGGCCGGUGGCCGCCAAGAAGUUCAAGUAUGCCAUGGAUAAGAUUGUUAGUCCGGUGGUGCCGCAGCCGGGCGCGUGGUCGAAGAGGCCGAAUACGAUCAAGAAGAAGAAGCCGAGGCCGAAUAGGGACACCACGGAGGAGAUGCCGCAGUUUAAGGAGAAGAACAAGCAAUUCCAGUACGGGAACUAUAACAGGUACUACGGUUAUAGGAAUCCCCACAAUGAGAUCGAUCAAAGACUCAAAGUCUUCUCUCAUUUUCGAUACAUGUUUGAAGGAAAAGACAUCUUAGACAUAGGAUGUAAUGUAGGCCACGUAACUCUCUCUGUAGCACGAGAUUUCGGUGCUAAAAGCGUAACAGGCAUAGACAUAGACCCAAAACUGAUUGCAAUCGCAAGGAAAAACGUAAAAUAUUACGUAAAAAAUUCAGAAUCGCCGAAACCUGAUCAGGUUAACGGGAUCGAGGUACCCAAAAAGAAAAGUAGUGAGUUUUUCCCUAUUUCUAUGCCCAUAUUAUAUGGAUCCAUUGACAUUCCAGGCUUUAGUGAUGCUAAUACUGGCCGAGAUUUUCCGAACAACGUUGUGUUUAAAACGUGCAAUUACGUCCUAGACGACGAUUCGCUUCUAGCUCUAGAGCAGCCACAGUACGACGUAAUUCUGUGUUUGAGUAUCACUAAGUGGAUCCAUCUUAAUUGGGGGGAUGCGGGCCUGAAGCAAGCCUUCAGAAGAAUGUACGCGCAGUUGAAGCCAGGCGGAAAACUGAUCUUGGAACCACAGAACUGGGCGAGCUACAAAUCGAAGAGAAAGUUGACUGAAACCAUUUUCAAAAAUUACAGCGGGAUCGAAUUCUUCCCUGAGAAGUUCACCGAGUAUCUGCUCUCGUCCGUGGUGGGUUUCGCUAAAAGAGAAAUUCUGGGGUACCCAAACCACCACUCCAAGGGUUUUCGGAGGCCGAUCCAGGUCUUCACGAAGAGCACGAUGUUUCCCAGUGAAAGGAUCGAAGCAACACCAAACAAUAUCACACCAAACAAUCCAGUGUAUGAUGAUUCUCUCUAUCAAAGGAUAAUGAAGACUGAAAAAUACGAAUCUCAGACGCAACCACAAGUCGAGAAGUCGGAACAUAUUUAUUAUACAAAUAUUUUGAACAGGUACUGUGGGAAUUCGGACGAGAAUUUCGAAGCCAAUCACCUUAUUGAGGAAGAUUUGAAUAAAAUGAAGACUUCUAAUGAUGAGAAAACAUGUGAUGGUUUGGAAAAUGUUUCGGGAGAUAAUACUUAAGUUGUUUCAGUAUUUGCGUUCGUUUGCGUACUUCUUUUUGUACAAAUCGUUAUUUUUUUUUAAUGUUCGUUUGUUUUGGCUUUAUGUACAUAUGUAUAAACUUGCAAGUAUUAAAUUUUCUUUAAGA